GAAAACACUCAAGUGAAAGACUGAGGUUAUGCAGAUCAAACAGUUUUGACAUUAUUAUCAUGUACUCUGCUUAAAAUGUAAAUAUAAGUAUAUUGUGAUAAUAUUUAGAGAGGGAAUAACCAUGUGCACCGUGAUAUACGUUGAGGAAACUCUUUUGUGAUUUACUAAACUUUCAUGUAUCGACUUGUCGGAAACUCCCACCAGUCAGUCAGUCAGUCAGUCAGUCAGUCGACUGCAACGUUUCCUGCAGUGAUGUGAAAUAAUCUGCUGCUCUGCGUGUAAGAAACCAACAAACUCCAGUUCACACCCUCUUAAUGCAUCCAAAGGGCAUGAAAUAAGGAAAAAUGAGAGACAGGCUGAGUGAACUGGGAAGCGUUCCAAGCAAAGUGGUCCAGACGGACGACCCUGUCGACGAAGAAGAAAAUGUGGACGACAGCGAUAUCCAACAGCACGCGGUGGUGUUUGAAGGAGAAGACGUCAUGGAGGAUGCCUUUAAAGAAGCCCAGUCCAUCCAGAAGGAAAUUGCUCAACUCAGGACGGAGGUGAAGAGACUGGGCAAGCAAAACACUCGCUUCCUCACCUCCGUCAGACGCAUCAGCAGCAUCAAGCGCGACUCCAACACGAUUGCUCGCAGCAUCAAAACCAAAGGGGAUAACCUGUACGCUCGCAUACAGAAGAUGGGCGCGCUUUGUAAGGAUCUGGAGGAAGAACACGAAGCCAACUCGGCUUUGGUGCGUAUGGUGCGCCACCAAUUCGUCUCCAUAACGGGCUCGUUUCACGAUGCCAUGAACGAGUACAACAGCGCCGAGAUGGCGCAGAGGGACAACUGCAAGACGCGCAUCCAAAGGCAGGCCGAGAUCAUGGGUAAAGAGGUCACCGGAGAUCAGAUCGAGGAGAUGAUCGAGACGGGCAAGUGGAACGUCUUCUCAGACGACUUGGUCACGGAGGGGCGAACCGCUCGCUCAGCGCUCACUGAGAUUGAGAAUCGCCACAAGGAGCUGUUGGAGUUGGAGAGUCGGAUCCGGGACAUCCACGAGCUUUUUUUCCAGUUGGCUCUGCUGGUGGAGGAGCAAGGGCCCAUGGUGGACAACAUUGAGGCCAACGUGUGCUCCACCGAGGACUAUGUGGCCAAAGCUCUGACCCAGAUCAAGCAGGCUGUUAAAUACAAGAAGAAAAACCCUUGUCGACAGCUCUUCUGUUGCUGCUUUCCGUGUUGCAAUAAAUGAUUCCAGCAGAUGUGUUAUGCCAAACAUGCAACCUGCCUUCAUGUAUACAGCGGUACAGUGUUAACCACAAGUCACGCGAUGUACAGUGAGCUUUGCUAAAAUACCCUUGCUAGCAUGAAGAACACAUUGAUCGUCCAGCGUCCGCUUGGUAACGGGCGCGCUUGACAAAAACUUGGCGACUGUUGGUUAACCACAUGUACAUGAGCUGAAGUGAUACUGCUAUUGAACGCUACGGUUUCUCACUGCGAGUGUGUUAAAGAUAUCAAAAUGAAAGCUGUAAAAACACAACACUUGUUUAAUGGCCUUAUAAAGGCGUGCAAAUCUUACUCAUAAACAUGCUGUUUUAAAUCAAUAUUGCUGUGGUUUAAAACCAAUGUAUACAGGGUCUUAUGAUUUGUUUAUUUAAUAAAUGUUUUAAAUAUU